AUGGCACGGCUGGCUGUCGGAGAAGCACUCACAAAUCUUGUUUGGGCGAAAGUUACCUCUCUUUCUGAUGUUAAAGCAAGUGGAAAUUGGAUGUAUGCUGCAAAGCUAGAUGGUGAAGGAGCUGCAAUCUAUGACGCUGCUCUUGCUCUUUCUGAGGCUAUGAUUGAACUUGGGAUUGCAAUUGAUGGAGGGAAAGAUAGUCUUUCCAUGGCAGCCCACGCAUCUGGGGAUCUUGUUAAAGCUACAGGGAAUCUAGUCAUCAGUACCUAUGUGACAGGUAAGCCAACCAAUAAGAGAGACUUUCUAUCUUGCCUAGGCUAUUCGAUAGCGGACAUAGUGGAUUAG